GGGGGGCACUGAGAUCACCAAGUGGGAGACCCAGGCUUGCUACAGAAGCUAUAGAAAGUGUCCAUGUUUUGCCCAUAGAUCUGUACAGAAAUUCUCUUGGUUGUGCAGUGAGGGUUCUGUCCUUACAGCUCUGCCAGGGACUGUGUUUGGUUUCUUUGGUUCUUUCCUCUUGCCUAGAUUUGGGUUAAGACAUCAAUGAACCUAAUUUUAAAAAAAUAAGCUGUAAUCCCAGAGAAGUGAAAAGUAUUUUCCAAAGAAGUUGAUGCCAAAGCAGAUCAGCUGCUUCUAGAUGGCAUUUGUUGUCUUUUAAGCAAGGCAGACACCCUGGUUCAAGAGCAGCACGGCAGCCACACCCAGGCCACUCAGUCCUUUUGCACACAAGCAUCAAUGUGAUGGAUGGCAAAAUGGCAUUUAUUGCUGGAGAAUUUGACAUUUUAUAACCUAGGUCCACUGUGUUACUCCCAUCUGCUUUCAUCACAGCUAGGUGCUAUUGGCUAAUUGCAGGGGUCAUUACCAUACUAAAGAGGAGGGGGGGGUUACUAUCUUUCCGUUACAUCCCGAUAUCUUCCGAGCUGCCAGGCCCUGCUUCUACAGGCAUUAGAUAAAUUAAGUGAAUAAAAAGAGUGGUCUUAAGGUUCUGUAGAUCCUUUGGGUGAGGCUGUGAUGGAUUUAGGAACAUUUACAAAACAUGUACAUCUGUGUUUCUGUUCAGGGAUGUGCUAAAACAUGCAUUGAUGUGGGGAUAGGAUUUGCCAGGGCAGCCCUGCUGAUAAUGAGUGACAGGAAGGGAAAAAGUAAAUCUAGUUUUAAAAAACAGUCUCCUCCAAAUCCUGCCUUUCUUGUUUUGGUGGAUGGUAUGGAUACCAUGACAGGGCUUCAGAUUCCUGUUAGGUGAAGGAAGCCUUCUAUGGAGAGCCUCAUGCAGGUAAGAGUGGGAAGGGUGACAGGGUUUGCAGAGCUCUGCUGCCUUCAGCUUUAGCCAGAGCGCAUGGCAAUGGAACCUUCUUAGUCACAUCCUGCUUUUGUGCUAGCCAAGAGUCACUGCUGUCCUCAUGUCCACCUCAGUGUCUGCCACUGUUUGGGAGAAGAGCCAAAGCCCCCAGGUCCUGUGCAGAGAGCUCCGACCUGCCUUUAUGGGAAUGAGCUGGACAUGCUCCUCCACUUCUGCCCAAUAAAACUCCUCACGAAAAGGGCUUCCCUUGUGUGUAAUGGGGAGUUCUUUGUGCCUGAGUCAGUCUGUUUUUGACUCUUCAUAAAUUAUAAACUUGUACACAUUGUUGCUAUACAAAGUCAAAAUAUGCACUGCACCCUAUCUGGAUUUUGGACAUUUCUCUAUUUCUGACCCACCUAUUGGUAAGUUGGGUUUGCUGGAUUUCAUGAGUCUUCCACAGGAAAUGUCACCAUCUGUUACUUCCUGUUGGGUGUUACCAUAGAAGAAACAAGUUUACCUACUGAGUCAGCUUGGGACAGAGAAAGGGGAACAAGAGACUCACUCUUGCUAAAAGGGCUGUGUUUACCACAGCUCGGAAAUCUCACUGUUAAAUUACAAAUAUCCAGGCAGAAGGACAGCUGCUGUGAGCAUUCCAAUGGGAAUGGUCUCAUUCCUUUCCAGCUCUCCUUGUACCAGUUUUGGGAUAAACCUGACCAAGCAGUGCAUCAAUUCAGAUGAUUAAAUGAACAGAAAAUUACGCCUCCAAUAAGGAGAGCCCUUUGCUGCUCCAUAGGGUUUCUCAUCCCUCACAGGAAUCAGAAAAGGCAUCUAGAGGGGUGUUUUUACCUUUUUACCUUAGCAUCACUUCAGCUGGUUGCAUCUCCUGCUUUCCUGGAGAUCAGUCUUCCAUGCUUCCAUGAGAAGCCCAGAGGAACCAGCGGGGCUGCUGAGGGCACACAUACAGCUGGAGAACCAGAGAGCCCUAGACUCAGAGUUCUGUUUGGUCCUACCUUGGAUUAAAACCCCAGUCUUUGCUGACCAGGGGCUCAGGUUUCUCCAUCAGCAGUACUCUGAACACCUCCCCAGCCUCCCUCCCACUGCUGGAGUUACCUAAUUUGCUGGGGAAGUUUUGGUAAAGGCACAAGGGCUGAGUCUUGCUGACAUACUUUAAGCUCUUACAAAAAACACACAUCACAUUGCUGGUAAAUGGGGCAGAGGCAAAGUACUUCCAAAAAGGCUUAAAAACCAUGUGUGGAGCAGGCAGCUUCAAACCUGUGAGUCAGCAGCAGGUCAGAAUCCUGCUGUUGCCAUGUGCCCCAUACUCAUCUUGGCCCUGGGUUCCCAGCAGUGCUCCAGAGCCUGUUAUGCUUCAUUUGCCCUAAAACACCCUGGACAGAAGUGAUGCUGGGCUGAGCCCUGGGUAUAUGGUGGAGCAUGGCCACUAUCCCAGCAACCUCAUCCAUGGGCAGCUCCAUGUGCCCUUAGAGAAACUCCACACUGGGACAACACGGUGGGGUCAGGAAGGACCAAGGGUUUCCCAGGCAGUACCUUGGGCUCUACUGCACCUCCUCACUUAGGCAGACAGGGGAGCCUGAGCCCAACUGUGCCUACCAGGAAUUGUUUGCAGGGCACCAAGGGCUCAGCCCAGCACUCAUCCUGGGCUUUUGCAACCUGAAAUUUGACUUGAUGAACCACCCAGCUGACAAAAUCCUUGGCUUUUAAUGUAAAAACUGGAAGAUCAAAACCUGAGUAGGCGAAGAGUGGCUGCCUGAGAGGAGCAAGGAUGAAUCCCAUGGAAACCUGCUGCGUCAGAGGCAGUCUCUGCUCCACUUCCCCAUGCAGGGCUGAUGAUGCGAGUGAGGCCACUUCCUGCCAGGUUUGUGACAGGGGCGGGGGCAAGGCAGAAGUACAGGCAGAAGGGAGCCAGAGAGGCCGAGCUGCGCCACAAGGAAAGACAGGGAGAGGGGUGAGACCCACGACACGGGGAUCCCACUUCCCACUCCCACCACGCCAUGUCCCUGGUGGAGACGAUCCGGCUGUGGCAAGAGGGGGUGUGUGCGGCAGACAGGAAGGAGUGGAGUGCUGCCCUGGAUGCCUUCAUGGCCGUCCAGAACCCCCCUGCCAAAAUCUGCUUUAACAUCGGCUGCAUCCAGCUGGUCUUGGGAAAGCUGGCGGAGGCGGAGGAGGUGUUCACCCGGAGCAUCAGCUGUGACAAGCACCUGGCAGUGGCUUAUUUCCAGCGGGGGACUGUGUUUUACCGGAGGCAAAACCACAGAAAGGCCAUUGAGGAUUUCAAGGAGGCGCUGGCCCAGCUGCGAGGCAACCAACUCAUUGACUACAAGAUCCUGGGGCUGCGCUACCAGCUCUUUGCCUGCGAGCAGAUUCUCUGCAACAUCGCACUGGUGUAUGCCACAAUGGAGAACUGGGAGAAGGCUGAGGAGCACCUGACCCUGGCCAUAAGCAUGAAAAGCGAGCCCCAGCACAACAAGAUAGACAGGGCAAUGGAAGCUGUCCUGAAGCAGAAGCUGUAUGAGCUGGUGGCUAUUCCUGCAGGGAAGCUGUUCAGGCCAAAUGAGAAGCAAGUGGCUCAGUUAGAGAAGAAGGACUACCUGGGAAAGGCAAUGGUGGUGGCAUCUGUAGUGGACAAGGACAAUUUUUCAGGAUUUGCUCCUCUACAGCCACAGACCUCUGGUCCUCCACCCAGGCCCAAGACCCCAGAAAUCCUCAGGGCCCUCAGAGGGCAGCCACACCGUGUCAUGUACGAGUUCAUUCCUGAGACCGCUGAGGAACUGCAGGUCCUGCCAGGAAACAUUGUCUUUGUCCUGAAGAAAGAGAAGGACAAUUGGGCUACAGUGAUGUUCAAUGGAAAGAAAGGGAUUGUCCCCUGCAACUUCCUCGAGCCUGUGGAGCUCCAGAAUAAGCUGCAUAUCCAGGAAGAAACCCCUGUGGAAGCUGAAAUCUCUGAGUCACCCACUUCCACUGUGCUGGAGAAGCCACGACGGCUGGCACCAGACUAUGUUCCUGCAACUGUGGCGCAGCUAAAAGACACAGCAAAGGCGGCUGAACCAACUGUCUCCAGCCCCCAUGUCCUCAAGGUGCAUUACAAAUUCACAGUUGCCCUGAGAGUCGAUCGAGUCCUCUCCUACAGGGAGCUCCUGGAGCUGGUUUGCAAGAAGCUAGACCUGCAGCCUGAGCACAUGGAGCUGAGGUACAAGCCUGUGGAGGGCCAGGAGCUGGUGACUCUGAGUGCAGAGAAUGUGAAGGCAGCCUGGAGCCAGAGCAAGGACAACUGCCUGACAGUCUGGUGCAAUAGCACAGAGGGAGAGGGGUUUGUACCAGACAGCAAACCAGAGGAGUCACUGCAGGAGGCAACAUCGGGGGAGACAGGAACAACCCAUGUUGUAGCUCAGUACAGUUAUGAAGCCACCCAACCUGAAGACCUGGAAUUUCAGGCAGGAGACACAAUCCUUGUUUUAUCCAAAGUAAAUGAAGACUGGUUUGAAGGCAAAUGCAAGGGGAGAACUGGCAUCUUCCCAUCUGCAUUUGUUCAACAGCUCAACACUGGACACCCAGAGAAGUGAUUUCAGAAGAGCUUGAAGUUGUGAAGAGAAACUACAAAUUCAACUGUUGCCAUUAUGUAGUCUGCAUAUUAAACCAUGCAUCUGAAAAUGGACUUUAAAUGUUAUUGCUACUUGUAUUAAAAGCUUUGUUUUUUCUCUUACCUUUUGUGUUGUUCUUUUAAACAGGAACUUGUUAAGAAGUUGUUAACUUCUGUUAGGAAUACAUUCAUUCCUAAAUCCUGUGCUUGCCAAGGGACUUGUCAUGUUCCCCCCACUCCUUAAAAAAGCUUUUUUACAGACAUGCCAGAAGCUGGGAACAACCACAAGAGGGUGGUGCAACCUGCAUUUACAGCACAGCCUGCAGAUCCCAAAGGGGAAGUGAGUUCAGGAAGCCACCGACCAGAACACAUUUGCUUCCUUAAAAUAUUAGUGCCGACCCCAAGAUUUUAGAAGACACCACAUAGCCUCACCCUGCUCCAACCCACAAUUCAAAUUCACAGGGACUUUAAAACUCCCACCAAUAAAAACAGACACUUCCUUCAGCACUGGGACCCCUGCUUCAAAGCUAUUCCUGAUCAGUCAGAAGAUACAGUAACUUUGAAAGACACAGCCUGGAAUCCCAGAGCUUUACUCUAAAGAUGCUAAGGGACGGCAUCCCCACUCUGGAUUCUAUCACACAAGUCCAGAAAACCCCACUGCCCCAUUAGCCUAAAUAUCACAUUUAUUUUUAAAUAAACUUACUCUGGAGACAAUAAACACCUAUAAAAUUUCAAAACCAGAACAUCUCUGGAGUUUCCUAUGAUAUACCUGAAAGCAUAGAAACAGUAAACACCCUGGUAGGCAGGCAAGUUAGUGCCAGAAGGAUCUGUGCCCUCCAUUUGCACACUGCACACACUGUACCAGGAUGAGUCUGCCAGUAGGGAGGAGCUUUGCAAGCUGCUCCCAUCCUACAUAUUUAGUUCAGUAUGUAAAACACACUACACAGGCAGCACAAAACCACAACCAA